AAAUGCCCUAUCAUCUUUUUCUGUCGAAACAAUGGUUAUGCUAUCAGUACACCUACUUCGGAGCAGUAUGGCGGCGACGGCAUUGCAGGGAAAGGAGCUGGCUAUGGAUUGCAUACGAUCCGUGUUGAUGGAAAUGAUGUGUUUGCCGUCUACAAUGCUACAAAAGCUGCUCGGAAGCUUGCAGUCGAAAAUAAGCCAGUUCUUAUUGAGGCUAUGACUUAUAGACUAGGUCACCACUCCACCAGUGACGACUCGUCUUUCUACCGGUUGUCAGAAGAGGUGCAAGAGUGGAGUGAGAAGAGUCAUCCAAUUACUCGAUUUAAGAAGUAUAUUACUGCAAAAGGCUGGUGGAACGAUGAUGAGGAAAGAAAGUGGCAGGAAGAGUGUCGUAAGCGUGUACUGAAGGCGUUCAAUAGUGCUGAAAAAGAAAAAUGGGCUCAUUAUCAUGAUAUGUUCGAAGAUGUAUACAAGUUAGUUCCAAACAAUAUUGACAGUACUAAACACAAUGAACUUGCAUUCAGAGAAAUGACCAAUCGGAUCAAACUCCAGCGAGAUGAAUUGGACGUUCAUGUUAGAGAAUACAAGGAACACUACCCAACCGACAGAUGUUUACCCAAAAGUUUCUCUGUGUAA